CACCGCGCAUACAGGUUGAUGAUCAGCAUAACGCAAAAAUCCCGUUAUUAAUUCCCCAAAACCAAAAUCAUUCUCCCAAUUCCCAACCACCAACACUCUUCAUCACUCACUCUCUACUUCCAGAUCUACACAACAAUGCAACUCCAAAUCUCACUCUCAAUGCUUCUACUCUCCUUUUUCUUAACAUCUCCCACGCUUUUCACCACCGCAGCACAGGGCAAGCCGCAGGAUCUACUCCGAUCCUCCUGCGUCCACUCACGCUACCCGCGUCUCUGCCUGCGCACCCUCGCGCACUACCCGGGCCCUGCCAACACGCCCCUGGACAUGGCUCGAGCCGCGCUCAGGGUCAGCCUGGCCCACACUCGCCGGACCUCCAAGUUCCUGCACACGCUGUCUAAAGGCGGUGCCGCUGCGAUGAGCAAGCGGCAGCGCUCCGCUCUCCGCGACUGCACAGAGCAGAUCUCGGACUCCGUGGACCAGCUCCGGCGGAGCCUCGACGAGCUACAACACCUACGCGCAGAGACGUUCCGCUGGCAAAUGAGCAACGCUCAGACGUGGGUGAGCGCCGCCCUCACCGACGGCGACACGUGCCUCGACGGCUUCGCCGGCAAUGCCAGGCCCGACGUCAAACGCAGAGUCACCGACGUUGCCAGGGUCACCAGCAAUGCUCUGUAUAUGAUAAAUCGGCUGGGUCAAAGUAGGAGCGGAAAGUCGAAGCCCAAGCCCAAGCACAGGCCUGAUUCUCUCAAAAAAUAGAAUUGAUAGAAAGUAGUAUGAGAAAUGGAAGUAGCAGGUGAAGCAGAGUACGUGAAACUUAAAUGUGUAGUUAAGUAUUAGGUAAAGCACCGUGUGUGACUUUUUGCUUUUUUGUAAUGUCUAGUUAACUUAUUAGGUAAA